AUGGCUAUACUUCGACGUAGGAACCCACAAAUCUUGCGACCGGAAAAGAGGCGGCAACAGAUACAGAAAGCGACGAGAAUACAAAAAGUUGCACAUUUCUUGCGUUCCAAGAACGACAAUAACUCAUCGGACUACGAUCCUAAAGUGGUAUCUCUAGGGCCAUACCACCAUGGCAAGCCAGAGUUGCAGCUCUUCCAAGAAUUUAAGAAGAAGACUUUAGAGAUGUUCGUUUCCGGUGGUGACAAGGAAACCAAUUUCUAUCACAACGUUGUAUUGGAGGCCGUAGAUGAUCUCAGAAGCUGUUACCUGGACGGUUCCACGGCUGAAUAUGAGGAUGCAGAAUUUGCUGAGAUGAUGCUGCUGGACUCAUGCUUUAUUUUAAAUCAUAUCAUGAUUAUCACUAGAUUUGGUGAUGCAGCAAGUAGAUGUUCUAUCACCGAUACUCAUAUUGGUUUCACUGGUUUACGCUUCAUAGAACAUGAUAUGAUUUUGCUUGAAAAUCAGAUCCCACUUCGAAUUAUUGAGCUCUUGUUUAAUGCCAGAUAUGGGGAUUUAACCACAGCUCUUAGCAUCAGUGCAGGUAUGGACAACUCUGCUGAUGAAAUCUAUUAUCCUUGGAAACAACUGCUCUCCAGGUAUUGCCAGGAAUGCCUUUUCGGCCAAUACUUUGAUGAUGAUGAUGAUGAUAAUGGUGUUGAACCACCUCAUCUACUUGAAGCUUUUCGAAUGCAUCUAGUCUCCGACUGUGACCAAUGCCUUAGCCAAAAAGUUGAUUCCUCACACGAAUCUGGUCGCGAAGAUCAUUAUUUCUCUGGUUCUGUCAUGGAUCUAAAAUCGAAGGGCAUUCAUUUCGGUUGCAAUGGCAAAGUUCAGUCAUUGAGGGGAGUAAAAGUUAAGGCCUACAAGUUUUACACAAAACUUGAGCUUCCAAUUUGGUAUGCAUCCCCACAGAGUAGAGUUCUUUUCACCAACAUCAUAGCGUAUGAGCUGUGCCCCAACAGUGACACGAAAUUGGAGAUGAUUUCGUGUGUGAACUUUAUGAAAUCGUUGAUUGUUUCUCCUGCGGAUGCCAAAGAGUUGAGGGAAAAGCACAUCAUAACCAACGCACUUGGAGAUGACAGCGAUGUAGUUAAGUUCUUCAAAGGGCUAAACACGGAUGAAUUCGAGAAUCCCUACAUUUUUCGGGAGGUGAAGAGGAAAAUUGGACGUCACUGCGAAAGCAAAGCCAAGACCUUGUGGGCUGAAUUCCUCUAUACUUACUUCAGAAGGCCUUGGACUGUUAUUGCUUUACUUGCAGCUACUCUUCUUCUUGUUUUAACUUGUAUUCAGACAUAUUUUACUAUCCAUUCCUGUCAAUGA